CACUUUAUAAAAGUGUUCUGUGCUUUAUUCGUAGAUAGAGUAUAUCCAUAGUCUAAGUCUUUAAUAAUUAAUAAAUCUUACUUUGCAGAAUAGUGAAAUGUGAAUACUCAAAAAAUAAUAAGUAGGUAGUAGGACUAGUAGUCCACAACAACAACACCACAAACAUUCAGAAAAUGUCAUUGAAUUGAAUUCAAUAGGGAUGGAAAAUGAGAUUGAUAAACGAGAUGUAAAUAGGAUCCUAAUAAAACAGGAGUGUCUGGAUGAAAAUAAACAACAGGAAUUUCCCGAUUCAUACACAUCAAACAAUGUGCCAAAUGAAGUUUCCGUUAGGGAGACCAAGGAAGAUAUUGAAUUUGAAGACAAUGCCAUAAAAAAAGAAAGAAUGGAGGAAUUUGAACAUGAAGGACAAAUAGAUGUUGCAACACCGUCAUUAUUAGAAAAUGGUCAACGCUAUGUAUGGAAUAUUAACAAAGUAAAUGAGAAUACCAAGCAAAAUUUAAAUAAAACUAAAGAUGCAGAAUUAAUUGAUUAUAACAAUAGAGAUGAUUGUGGUGACAUAAAGGGUGAAUUUGUUGCAGAAAAUUCGUUAAAAAAUGAAACCAAUAUUGGAAAUUUUAAUUUAUUUCACAGUAAUGUGUUCUUGAAGAAUUGUGAAGAUAAUACUAAUGCUAACAAAAUGAAACCUGAGAACACAAUCGAAAAAACGGAUAGUCCUAUAAUAAAUUGGAAUGUAGAUGUACAAACAAAUUAUCAAGUACCUAAUAAAUCAGACAAAAUUUAUAAUAUCUUGUUGAUUACACCAGUUCAUUCCAAGCUUCUAAAUGUGCAAGUUAAUGAAGAGAAGGCCUUGCCUAAAAUAUCCCAAAAAAGUAAUAUACAACAAGAUUUAGAAAAACAGCAUUCAUGUAAUAUAUGUGGUAAAGCUUUUACUUCUAAGACUCAAUUAGAUAUACAUAAUAGAACGCAUACAGGAUACAAACCUUAUUCAUGUAAAGUUUGUGGAGCAUGUUUCAAUACUAUGAGUAACAUGAAGAAACAUUAUAGAAUACAUUCUGGUGAAAGACCUUUUUCUUGUAGUAUUUGUAGUAAAACAUUCAACCAAAGUAGCGAUUUAAAGGUACAUGCGAGAACACAUACAGGAGAAAAGCCUUAUACUUGUAGUGUGUGUGGAAAAAGUUUUGGUAAUUUUAAUGUUUUAAAAAGGCAUAACAGAAUUCACACAGGAGAAAAACCGUAUAUCUGCCAGGUUUGUGGAAAAGGUUUUAACGAAUGUAGCUCUUUGAAAAGACACAUUAUUAUACACACAGGAGAAAAGCCUUAUUCGUGUAAUAUAUGUGAGAAAACUUUCAAUGAUCCUGGUGUUUUGAGACGGCACAUUAAAAUACAUCAAGAAGCUAGUAAUGAUGCCGAGGAAUGUGAUAAUGAAUCUGAAAAAUUGAAAAAAGGAAAUGAAAAGGAAAGACUAUCUUGUAAUGUAUGUGACAAAACAUAUACAAAGGCAAGUUCUUUAGUGGUACAUUACAGAUUACACACAGGUGAUAAACCGUAUUCUUGCAGUUUAUGUGAAAAAACAUUUACCUACUCAAGUUCCCUGCUGUUCCAUAAUAGGACACACACAGGGGAAAAACCGUUUUCUUGUAAUAUUUGUGGUAAAAGCUUCAGUCGGCUUGGUCAUGUGAAAACACAUAAAUUAACACACACAAGUGAAACCCCAUAUACUUGUGAUAUCUGCAAACAUAAGUUUAAGCAUAAAUCAUCCCUAGUACACCAUAUACAAAAACUACACGAUGUAUAAAUCAAACUAGUUGAUAUUUUUUUCGUGCAUUUCUCUGGGUGGUUUUGAAUCACGACAAUUCAAAAUACUCGAUAAUCUAAAAUUGCAUGAAAGUGAAACUUGGAUCUGUAAAUACACACAUUAAUAUUUAAUAUACUUAAUUACUUAUCUUACUUGCUUUUUGAGUUAACAUUUAGGACAAAGAACAGGAACACUUAACACAGAGUCCUCCUGAAAUCCGAAACGUUGGGUUACCUAAAAUAAUGACAAUAAUUUAAUUUUACGCAAAACGAAUAUAAGAACAGUUACAAUUACACGCGUUUUAAUCCCUUAAA